UUUCGACGCCACCAUGGGGCAAUAAGAAUUGAGUUUGAGGUGGCAUAGACCGACAGAAUGGCAGUGCUGUGGGAAAUCUUCGUGCCUGCCGUGGUCUUCGCGCACGUCUUGGGUGGCGUGCUGCUGCUGUACAGUCUAGAGAAGGUGUCUGGCGUGGUUUCCAAGUCCUGGAAACGCGUCUUUGGACGCUUUAGAAGUAGCGCUAAGACCGAGGACGCAGAUCAGUUGAGGGAAAGUUCAGAGACGACCCCUACUGGCGGUCCGACAGAAGAGCUCGAGACUGCCGCACACAAGGCCCGGGCUGUGAACGCCUGGAGACGAGGCUGCAACUGUGAGGAGGGAUGCUACUGCGUGGAUAGAUGGGUGCAGAGGAACAAAAAGGACGUGGAAGCUGGCAACACGACAGCCUCCCACUUGGCUGUGCAGUACCCUGCCGACCUGGCGUGGUUUGAUGUCACAUGCCAUGUCUUGGACCAGAAGACCCUCAAACAGAAGCAGGUACUGCACCCGUCGUCAGGCAAUGCCUACCCGGGUGAAUGCGUGGCUCUGCUUGGGCCGAGCGGGGCCGGCAAGUCCACUCUGCUGGACAUCCUGUCCCUGCGCAAGUCCAGCGGCAAGCUCAAGGGGCAGGUGAUGAUGAACGGGCGGCCCCUGGGGGUGCAAUUCAAGCGCAACAGCGCCUACGUGGCACAGGAAGAUUGUUUCGUGCCCACCAUGAGCGCAUGGGAGACUCUCAAGUUCACCGCCACGCUGACUCUGCCAAAAGCAAUUUCGCCUGAGGACCGGCGAGUGGGCGGGGCGUUGCCGGGAGGCAUCCUGGUGCGGGGCCUGUCGGGCGGCGAGAAGCGGCGGCUGAACAUUGCAUGCGCGCUCAUCUCCGCGCCCUCCAUCCUCUUCUUGGACGAGCCCACCACCGGGCUGGACAGUUUCGCUGCGCUGAACGUAAUGGAGCACAUGAGCAAUCUGGCGGACCUGGGACACACCAUCAUCGCAUCCAUCCACCAGCCACGAUCUGCCAUCUGGGACAUGUUCGACAAGUGCGUGGUGCUGUCAGAGGGGCACAAUCUCUACUUCGGCUCGCCCAAGCGCGCACUCGAUUGGUUCAGCGACGCUCUGGGCUAUUCCUAUUCCUACCAGAGGGACGGCGCCGUCUCCGACUGGCUCAUGGACCUCGUCUCUGUGGGAUUCCAGAAGCCGGCCUCCUACCACAGCAGGUCUAUGUGCUCAGUUGGGGACGUGCAACGGGCGGCGGUGGCGUUCGCCAAGGAGAGGAAGGAGGAGAGGGCUGACGAGCGCGCAGAGAAGGGACUGAGUGGGCGAUCCUCGCCCACCAAGCCUUCCACCCCCCGGGGGGGCAUCGGCAGACAGGGGUCUGCGAAGGUUGCGCCUGCAACGACGGCGCCGGUGGUGGGCCGUACUCGCAGCAGCAUGGGCAAGGCGGGGAGCAUUGCCAGCCUGGAAGACUUGGAGGCUGUGGGCAAGGCCCAGGUCAAAAAGCAGAUGGAGUGGGCCUCGGGAAAAUACGCCGCCAGCUGGUGGACGCAGUUCCGGAUCCUGCUGAACCGCGCGAUGCUGGGUCAGCUGAGGAAUCCCACCGACACCACCUCCCGCCUCUUCCUCUCUACAUGGGUCGGCUGCCUGGCAGGCCUGGCAUUCUAUGACCUGCCCUCCGGCCCGGACAGUGUGACGAGGCGGCUGGCGUUGCUGUUUUUCAUCCUGCUGCUGUUCGAGCUGCUGCCCUUCUGCUACAUGUCCUUCUACGUCGCCGACCGCCGAUUCUUCGCAGCUGACAUCUCGAAUGAUCUGUACCACCCCUCCGCCUACUACCUCUCCUCAGUCAUCGCCAGCAUUCCGUUUGUGAUAAUAAACUCGCUGUGCGGCUGCCUGUGCGCGUACGGUCUGGCGGGGCUGCGGCUAUCGGCGCACGCCGUAUUCUGCGUCUGGCUGACGCCUAACCAGGAUCUGGCGUAUGUGCUGGCGACUGGCUACGUGGCGGCUUCCAUCCUGCUGUCUGGCUUCUACCUGCGCAUCGAUGACAUGAAGCUGGCUGUCAUGCGCGGACUAUCCUACCUCUCCUACACCAAGUAUGCGAUGGAGGCCGUGUCGAAGCUUGAGCUGUCAGGCAUCGUCUAUCCGCCGUGUGGCCCAAACACUUUUGGAAACGCCAUUCCUCAGGGAGCCGCUCUGGCCCCGGGGGCCGGCGGUGCCGAUGCGGCACAGCUGGCGGCCAUGCAGCAGAACAACGCGAUGGCGUCCGGGCAGGCUCCGGGGCAGUGGUCCCCCCCGGCAGGCCAGAACUGGUCCCCCCCCUCCCCCGCCAGCUGGUGGCAGUCGCCGCCCCCCAACGGCCGCGCCUGGUCACCCGCCUCUUUUGGCCGCCACCUCCUCCAGGCGGACAGCGAGGUGGUGCAGAUUGCGAGCGGGGGGCUCACCCCCCAGUGCAACACCACCGGCGACGAUCUACUGGACUUCUGGGGGUACAAGCUGAGCAUCGGCACCUGCGUGGGAAUCCUGCUAGCCUUCUAUGUCAUCUUCCACAUCGGCUCCUACCUCGCGCUCUCCAAGCUCUACAAGCAGAAGCGGUGAGCCGGCCGCCGCGCCGCCGCACGCCCUGCUACGGGCGACGGCGACGCAUCUGCGCCUGUUUUGGAAGAU